CUCUGUGUGUUUUCCCCCGCAGGUUCCGACUGCUCCCAGAACUUCACCAGUCCCACGGGCCUCAUCGAGUCCCCAGGGUUUCCUGACAAGUAUCCCCACAACCUUGAGUGCCACUUCAUCAUCAUCGUGCCCCCCGGCAUGGACGUCACACUCAGCUUCUUGACCUUUGACCUCGAGAAUGACCCUCUGCCCGGUGGAGAGGGCGAGUGCAAAUACGAUUGGCUGGAGGUGUGGGAUGGGCUCCCUGGAGUGGGCCCUCUGAUUGGCCGGUACUGUGGUACACGGGUCCCGCCAGAGAUCCAGUCAUCCACAGGCGCCCUGUCACUGUCCUUCCACACCGACAUGGCCGUGGCUAAGGACGGCUUCUCUGCCCGCUACAACAUGACGCAUAAGGAAGUCAGCGACACAUUCCACUGCUCAAACCCCUUCGGUAUGGAGUCGGGGAGGAUCACCGAUGACCAGAUCACGGCGUCGUCCAGUUUCUAUGACGACCGCUGGCUCCCCCGUCAGGCACGUCUCAACAACGAGGACAACGGCUGGACGCCCAUCGAGGACAACAACAAGGAGUACAUCCAGGUGGACCUGCUGGUGCUGAAGGUGUUGACUGGCAUCGCCACGCAGGGAGCCGUUUCCAAGGAGACGCAGAAGACCUACUACGUCACCACCUUCAAGCUGGAGGUCAGCACCAACGGAGAGGACUGGAUGGUGUACAGACACGGCAAGAACCACAAGGUGUUCCAUGCCAACUCGGACCCGACGGAGGUGGUUCUGAACCGGAUCCCUCAGCCGGUGCUGGCUCGCUACGUCCGCAUCAGACCGCAGGCCUGGAAGAACGGCAUCGCCCUCCGCUUUGAGGUCUACGGCUGCCAGAUCACUGAUGCUCCGUGCUCAGAGCUCCAGGGCAUGCUGUCCGGGCUGCUGCCCGAGUCCCAGAUCUCUGCCUCUUCCAUGAGGGACCUCCACGGCUCCACGGGGGCAGCCAGGCUGGUGUCCAGCCGAUCGGGCUGGUUCCCCAGCCCCACGCACCCGGUAGCUGGGGAAGAGUGGCUGCAGGUGGACCUCGGGGUGCCGAAGACGGUGCGCGGGAUGAUUACCCAGGGUGCUCGGGGGCUGGAAGGCAGCACCAGCGCCGAGAACCGGGCAUUCGUCAGGAAGUACAAAGUAGCGCACAGCUUGACGGGCAAAGAGUGGACAUACAUCACCGACAGCAAGACGGGCUACGCCAAGAUCUUUGAGGGGAACGGCCACUACGACACCCCGGAGGUGCGAAGGUUUGAGGAGCUGGCGGCCCAGUUCAUCAGGAUCUACCCAGAGAGGUGGUCCCCCGCUGGGAUCGGCAUGAGGAUGGAGGUCCUGGGCUGUGAACUACCAGGUAGGAAUGUGAAGAGAUCCACAUCCAACUCUUAGAUCCAUGAAGAUGAGUUUGGAUAAAAGAAACCCAGAAACCCAAACUACUACAUUAUCCUUCCCUGGCUAUAGUAUAGGCGACCUGCUCAUAUAGGCUGCAUCAUGAGAACAUCUCAUGUGAUAAUGCAUGUACAUUACACUACUCCAUAAACCACACAGAAUAAAUCCUCUGGGGCCGCGAUAUUAUUCUGUGUUUGUUGUUGACUUUGCGGUCAGUCCUGUUUGUGACCUGCCAUGCCUGUGUUAGCAUGUCCUAAGUGUUCAUGUGUUUGUUAAUCAGCUUUCCAUAUAGGCGGUCUUGCGACAUGUCUAGUCAGGGAUUAACAUGUCUAGGUCAGGAGACUUUCGCUCCUUCAUAAUGGACAGCUGUGGAACAAUCACCACUAAUGCUUAUGGGAUUCUAUCUAGAGUGUGGCUAGCAUGCAAUACAGGACUUGCACUGUAUAGGCUACACAAAAGUUGUAUCCAUGAAUGGUUGGCGAACUUUCCUUUCUAUUAAGAUUUAAUCUUCCCCUAACUGCAUCCGAGUUGAGUUGAUUAUAACAGAGCAAAUACAUACACUGUAUCAGCCAAUAGACUAUAUGGACAUUUGUGCUUGUCAAUUUAUACUUGUGUGUGAGUUAAUGUGUAGCUUUUGUGAAAGGCUCUUUAUUUUUUGUCUUACAAUGAUGAGGCACUUGACAUUUAGAGCGCUAUUCUUAAGUAAGAUUAGCGGGCAUGAAUAAAUGCUUCCGGAUGAGUUCAUCAGACUGUGAGCCGGCUUGCGGUAAACCAUCUAGCUCCUGGUUUGUACCACGGGAGGUGGGGCAUCAUGGGCUCCUCUCCAGCGUGGCGAUGAUCGAUCGAUUGAGUGAGUGCUGUGCGAGACUGCAAGUGUUGCUGUGCUCCACCACUCAAAACGGUUAAUAACACCUUGAGGAACUUCUUCUGAGGAACCGCAGGAGUGUCUUCAAAAAGGUUGGAUGGAUUCUGAAAAUCGACUGGGUCGAUCCACUCUGGGUAAAUUGCAGUAAUCACAUUCACUAGAGGGUCUGAAUUAAUACCUGUACUUCAGUUGAAAGUACCUGAUAUCGCUCUGUUGUUCUGUACCCUUUUCUCCUCUCUCUCUGUCUCUCGCUCUCUCUCUCUUUCUCUCUCUAUCCAUUUAAUCUCUCUCCUAUUCCUCCUUCCCUCUCCUUUCGUCUCUCCUA